AUACAGAUUGUCCGAAAUGUCAGAUCUAGUGGCCGUAUGGGAAGUACCUCUACCCGACAAAGUGCAUCGCAUUGAGUUUGAACAUGGCACCACUACAGGCAAACGGAUCCUCAAACUUGAUGGACAGGAUAUCGUACGACGGGAUUGGAUGUUCAAAUUGGUUGGAAGUGAGUUAUUUGACAUCAAAGGUGAUGACCACCAAGUAUUGGCAAAAUGCGAAAUACUAAUCAACGCCAGCACUGGAUUUACUUAUGAAUAUUCAUUGUUUGUUAACGGAAAACAACUCAAGAAGUUUAAGGAGAUUCAGUCUAAAGUGAUGUGCAUUUGGAUUGUUGAGGUCAACAAUACUAUGUUUAGAGUGGCUCUCGAGAAGGAAACGCUUGACAUUUGGGUCAACGGAUCAAAAGCUGAGUCGAAUCACGAGUUCGCUGACGAGGGAACUGAAAUGCAUUUCCUCAUUGAUGGUCAACACAAGGCUGUCGUCAAAACCAUCAGUUCUGGCAAUAAAAAAGAAGGAAUCGUUUACUCGCUUAUAGUAAACGACAAAGAAAUAACUGAAGGCUUAGUGUAA